CCUGCGUGUGCGGCCAGUGUUGUGUGGCGCUGCUCCGCUCCGUAACGUGACUCGGUGUGGCGGUGCGGGGAGAGACAGGCUGGAAGGCUUACGUCCGGCGUUGGGCCCGUGGAAGCUGCCUCUGUAUGGCACGAGUGAUUUAUGGAUAGCAAAGGACAUUUAUCAAAAAGCUUACUGGACAGCGAGAUUAAUUACAGAACCCAAUGCGGCGCUAACUCACACCUCAAGGCAGAAGAACAAUUACUUAACAACCGUGACCAAUAAAAUAAUAAAGGUGAACUACACGAGUGACUGAAUUCUUUGAAAAAAAUACAAUAACUUAUGGAGGACCGGCCCAGGCUGGAGUGUGGACCAUUCCUGGCCUCCCGCAACGCCUAGAGGCCAGAGACACGUCCUGCAGCGCCUCCCACCAGCGGCCCGUGACACGAGGGCGGAGGAGCACGACUGUCACCUUCAGCAACGGGAGGAGGAGAAAACGUAAAGAUGGGAAGUCCUCAGUUGGUGAUUCUCCUGACUCUCCUUGUCUUGGCGCCCGAAGUGAUCUUGAAGGGAACACACAGAAAGCCCGUUCCCUUAGGCUCUCUCGCCCCUCCUCUCGCAGGUCUGACCAAGGACUAUUACGAGGCCGGCUUCUACUACGAAUACGAGGAGGAGCCGCCCAGCUUCCAGGCACGCUCCCAGACCUUCACGGUGGAGGUGGGCCAGUCCGUCAUUAUCCCCUGCGACGUGGACAACAUCGGACACAACAAGUUGAUCAUCAAAAAGUUUGCGGCGCACGGAGGCAAGGAGAGGCUGCUGGCGGUGGGCGACGAGAAGGUGACGAGAGACCGAAGAAUCAGCAUCGAGAGAGCGCGGCUCGUUAUAUCUCACGCCCGACCACGUGACGCCGGAACCUUCCUCUGCUUCUUCGACAUCGACCCGCCCGUGCAGCUCAAGCACACCCUUGACGUGCAGUUCGCGCCAACCGUCAGGUCCCUCGCGCCGCCCGAGCAGCACGUCCCCAAAGGCACCACCAUCACCCUGGAAUGCCGCGCACAGGGGAAUCCGGAGCCCAUUAUUCGCUGGUCCCGCCAAGAGGGGCCGCUGCCGUCUGGCCUCCGCAGCGAACAGGGCCAGAGUCUCACCCUGGAGGGCGUAGACAGGCACGUCGAGGGCACUUACCUCUGCACGGCGGACAACGGCAUUGGCGAGUCGGCCUCAGCAGCGAUGACCAUCACGGUGGAGUACCCGCCGGAGAUCAACACCGAAAAGCAGGUGGUGCGGACCGGGGAAGGCGACCAUGUGGACUUGGUAUGCUUGGUCCACGGGCGCCCUGAGCCUGACGUGACCUGGACCAGAGACGGACAUCAGCUCCCGGACACCGACAUGGACACACAGCUGUAUCUACCGGACGGACAAGACAACGCACACGAGAACCACCUCAACCUGAUCCACGUCGCACACCGCCACACGCUCACCAUCAAAAACGUCACGGAGAGGGACUUCGGCCCCUACAUGUGCAUCGCCGAAAACACGCACGGCCAGAAAUCCGCCACCAUACAGAUGACAGGCCUGCCCAAGCGACCCAUCAUUACCAGCAGCCCGAUAGGUGGAGAAAGUAGCUCCUACACGCUCACCUGGGAGACGGAAAGCUACUAUCCUAUCACCGAGUCCCUCAUCAAGUACCGGAAGGCUCACCUGGGCUGGUCGAGUAACCGCACCAUGGUGAUGGCGGGAGCGUGGACGGAGGUGUCGCAGAAGGUGAAGCCCGUGAAGGUGCGGGAGGGGAUGCGGUACGCCACGACCCACACGCUGCAGAACCUCGAGGUGGCCACCGACUACCUCACCGUCAUCAGGGUCAGGAACAAGUACGGGUGGUCUGCAGAGUCGGAACAUUUCUCCUUUUCUACCAAGAAAGGUGAGGGCAGUGCCGUGGGCUGGCAAGGCUGGUGGAUGAUCGUGAAUAAUGCGAUGGCGGUGCUGCAGUCCACGAGCAGCAGCAGCGGGCAGGAGGCGAUCAGUGUGUCGAUGCUGCUGUUGCUGUUCUCUGUGUUCUCCCUCAGCAGGAUGUAGGCAGCGGAGCCUCAAACAAUGCUUGGCCUCGUAGAUGGCCGGUGUAGUCUAGCCCCAAACCUGCUGAUAGUAUCUCACUAAGUUUAUCAGAAAGUGAUUUUCUGAAAAACAUUCCAUCAAAUGUUCUGUGAACUACUUCAUUGCAGGAAAAAUGCACGAGCUACACUUUGGCAGUAAGUGUGGAAACAGUAUCGGAUGUUUUAAAAGAGAUGAAAGAACAUUUAAUAAAAAGACAUCAUUUGAAAGUUAAGAAACCUUUAAGUAUCUUAUUGUACCGAUUCGACGGAAAGCUUUGUGUCUCAGUCCACGUAGUGCCUGGCCCGGGAGGCACUGCCAGUCCAUUAUGAUAUAUUCAUGACGCGUAUGUUCAUAUUUUCGAUAAUAUUUUCAUAUAUGUGUAGAAUUACCUCCAAAGUUAGGUGUAGCAAUGAUCCAUAGUGAUACUAUGACGUAGUGUAAGCAGAAGCGUAAUCAUUCAAUCAUGAAGAACCAAACAUACAAGGCGGCAGACGGUACGGAGAGACUUCCAGUAAGCGACCGGCUGAAAGAAAAGACGGACCUGCGCUGCUGUGGCUGAGAAUUUCAUGUAAAACUCAUGCUUCCGGGGUAUUACAACUAAGUCACAGGAUUAGGUUUUAGUGGACUGUCUUGGGCACGACAAACAUUUAGCUAAGAUAACACUCCCCAGCGCUUGCCCUUGAGGCACUCCAGGGGUCUGGAUUAUUGUUUUUUAUUUUUUAUUUUACUGGAAUUAAGCGACACUUGGUGGGAUGCUCGGGUGCCAAUGGUACCGUCAGGAGCCCAGACAAUGUAUCUAAGGGUCAGUCGUGUCUGCGGUUGUGGCAAUAUCACUGUGCUACUGUCGGAGAUUACGGCACCCGAGGCAAUAAGUAACACUAAAGUACUGUUGCGGCAUUCAGAGGAUCCAAAGGUGUGCAGCGGUGAGGUACAGGAGAGGUUCGGUAAAACUCCUGACCCGCAGAGAAAAGCAAGGGUCCAAGGGAACUCCACCACCCCAGGGGCGAGGCAAUACAUUCCCAGCGAAAGGCACUUUAGGAGGUACUGAAUACCCUUGGGGCCUUAAGGAGCCUCAGCACCUAUAAGGCUCUCUUGGAGUUCGGAUGCGCUUCAAAGCCUUUGCCUCUGUGGUGGGCCAGGUGACCAAAUGAUCUGGAGCUCUAUAGAUUCCUUGGGCACCAGAAGGACUAAACACGCCCAGUGCCGCUCAGUGCUGCCCCUUGUGUCGCUGCAGUGAAGGGUAGAUGGAGGCUGCUGCGCCCCACGUCAUGCUUGUAGAUAUGGGGUUCAUUAUUAACUCCUCUGCAAACUAUAGUGUUGAGUGUUUGAUACAGAAAAAAAAUGUACAGUAUAUACAAUGUUGCUUUUUUUCGUCAUUCACGGCUCUGAAGAAAGUCUGUGAUCGCACAACAUUAUGAGGAAAAAUACUAAUUUCCUGAUGAGAAAGGUCAGAUUUGGAGAGCCUCAAAUCACCGUCGUGGAGCGUGUCGUUGUGAAGGAAUCUCGGAGCCUUGUUGCCGCCGCCGCCUGCUGCGCGGUGGGCGGGUGUGGGUGUGGCGCCUGUGGCCGCCGUAGACAGUCUGGGAGAUGGCUGGGAAAGGCCCGCCUUCGUCUCGCCUGUAAGGAUGUUCUUCGCGAGGUCUCUCGACUGAUGGCACCAACAUCUUCCAUUGGUGAAUAACCGUGAUUUAGGCCUCUCGAAUACAUGUUUGUCAUUUUAUGUAUACAUGUGGGUGUAGGAUUUUUUAUGUAUGCCUAUGUCAUUUUGCAUGUAUGUACAAGAAUGCACAUCCACAACAUAGAGUAAGGUCUGCGUAAGAUGCCAAAAUGUUAAACAGUUACCACCACCACUACUCCCACCACCACCACCACCACCACCACCUCUGCAGCCACCUCCUCUACCACAACACCACCAAUACCACCUCCCACCCUUUUAAGGCUUUGCACUAGAUGACCUGUUUUAUGAAUGACUCAAGAAAUACUACCAUUGUUACUUUUUAAAACGCAAACUCACCAUAAGUAAAAGUACUUUUGUUCUUUGUCAACUGUAUGGUGUGUCUGCAGAUAACUUAACUGUAUAAACUUGUAAACGAGAUAAAACCAGGAACAUGUAAAGGGACAACAAUAAAGCGUUUUCUUGUACGAUGUUGGUCAGUGUUAUGCACUUGUUGUUGUGUCGGAAAUUACAAGAACUAGAAAAAAAGAAUUCCGCUCGCUCAGCACUCGGUUCGUAAGCUACUUACUCCUCAGCACACUUCAAGGAAUAUUCGUCCCAGAAAUCAACAGGGAAUAUAUAAUAAUUGUUACUGAUCAAACCCUCAUGUGUCGCUGUGCCAUUCAAAGACGAUCCGUUCCUGUGCAGUUAUCUAGCCCUGCCCUCGUCCCUCACCCUCAACGACCUCACCCUCAACGUCAGAAUCCUCUUCCCGUUGCAUUGUCAAGCUUAACGCCACAAAACGGUACAACAGUUUUAUCAUCGUGAAGGGUUUCGAAAAGCUAUUGAUCAUUUGCCAGCAAGAUGAUGUCGGAGAAGUCUAAUUACUCUUUUUUAUUAUCAUCUUAAUCAGAGUUAUUGCAAGUCUAGUCAUGCUGUUUUUUUUUUCCUUUCUACUUGUUUGCAGUCCAGAACGUGGGUUGUCCGCUACACUGUGUUACGUGGGGGUUUCGUGUCAAUAAGGCCUUAAUAUGUAAGUGUUUCCGCAUUGCCCUCGCCCACUCUCUGCCGCGCGUCGCGAGGCGUCAGGGAGUCCUCGAGUUAGUGAGGAGCGCGGCAGGAUGGGUGAGGGCUGCCCGCUGACCCACCUUCCGGGAGGCGCUGGGGAGAAGAUUUUUUAUAUCUCACGUGUCUUGGGAACAGCUGACUUUAACAUAAGUGUGAAUGUCUGUGUACUGUAAAUAAAUGUUCUUUCUAAAUCA